CCGGAAAUUAUUAUAUCACCUGAGAAAAGGUGUUGACUCAAUGACUUUUCAACCACUUCAGGAAGUUCACUACAAAUUUGAAAACAGCUGAUUAGAAAAGCUCUGAACACAUGGGCAGCUGAAGAUGGUACAGAAAGUUCUAGCUGUUGUCUUCUUGAUCACAGCGUGGAACAAACACAUCAGCCAUUCCGUGUAUAUUCAGGAUGUUAUCACUACGCAUACUCCAAGAAAAAACAUUUCAACCCCUGAAUGCCCUCAGUUCUGUGUAUGUGAACAUUCUAAAAGGGAGGCUUUCUGUUCCUCAUAUUAUGAAGGUUUCUCUAUCCAUACCAUACCUAAAACUUUCACUGUUAGACUUCUGAACUUAUUUGGGGGGUUGAAAUCAUUCCCCUUGGAAAUCCAGUCCCUGAAAGGACUUCAGAAACUCGAUCUCAGCAGAAAUGCAUUAACCACAAUAGAAAAGAUUCAAGUGGGAAGCCCAGAUUUGCUUAAAGAAUUAGAUCUCAGUUCCAAUGAUAUUGUGAAAAUUUCAUCAGGUGCUUUUAGUGAGUUUAAAAACUUAAAAACUCUUUCACUGAGUGAAAACAAAUUACAGACUUUUCCAAAAGAUGCAUUUAAGGGAUUGUCUAAUUUGAAAAUACUUCAUUUAAGAUUCAACAAGAUUUAUUCUUUUUCUCUGGGUCUAUUUAAUCCACUGAAUUCUCUUGAAGAGUUAGAUCUGAGAAAUAAUAAUAUACACUGGAUUGCAGAAGGCAGCUUCCACAACUUGACUAAUCUGAAAACCCUUCAGUUAAGUGAGAAUGCAUUAACAAGUCUAACAGAAGAGGUGGUAUCAGAAAUAAACAAUAACACUAUUAUAGGAUUGCAUGGAAACCCAUGGGACUGCUCUUGUGAAUUGGAGAGUUUUCUAGAAAUCCUGACACAGCAAAAAGUUAGAGUUUCCAACCCAGACUUGCUAGUCUGCUACUCCCCAUUCAGAUUGCGGAGAACAAAAUUACAAGAGUUGACACUGAGUGACUUAAAAUGUGAUGUUCCUCUUAUUGAUGAAAUAUCUAAUUCUCUGGAAGUUCCAGUCAGUUCCAGUGGAACCAUUCACUGCAGAGCAUCACCUGAAAACCAUGCCAUUGGAUACUGGAUAACCCCUCAGGGAGUGAAAAUAAGCCACAAGUAUCACCAAGAAAUACUGGAUCAAGCGAACAUAACUACGCUGUCACAUUUGAAAUACAAGCAUAGUAUAGAGGAUUUUUCAGAACUGUUCAUAACAGAGAACAAUACUCUGACCUUUACCAACUUUCGGGGAGUUUUCAAUGGGACUUUUACCUGUGUGCUGCUUAACAGUUAUGGAAAUGAUACAGCAACCCUAACCUUAACCGCUGUUACAAAAUUAUUUACCAUUGAAUGGGUUGGCAUGGUGUAUGGGGGAGUGAGUGCUCUAACGGCUUUGGUCUUUGGCUUGCUUGUGGGAAUGAUUAAACUUUGUGCAAUAAAUUUCUGUAAAUGUCCUUGUGUUCUCGUUGAACAAAGAGAAAAACCCAAGGUUGCCACAGAUUACACAUUUGAAGCUUAUACAGAUGAUCAGAAUUCCUCGAGUAGGAGUCUUGAUGAUCAAGAUUCUUAUGAUGAUUCUUACCAAAAUGAAGAGUCUCCUCUCAAAGUCCCUGUUAAUUCUCCUGUUGCUAGGACACCAAGGUCAUCUCCAAGGAAAUGUGCCACACCCACUCCAGAAGAGUACCUGGAAAAAGGUCGAAGCAACACCAGCUAUACCUUAAAUGAAGUGAAAAUAACUCUUGAAAAGAAGAUGGAGAAAGUACGUAAUCGAGUGCAUUCCAUACGUGAAUCUGGGUCCCAGUACUUGACAACCAUCAAAGACUCGGGAAGCAUUGCAGCCAAUCGUGUCAAGGCCGGGGUGGCGAUGGGAGUUGAGCAGGUGAAGUUUGGCGUGAUGUCCAUGAAGGAGUUUUGCGGGACGGGAGAGAUGGCUCAGACCGUUUCUGUGGUCUCAGUUAACACAGACGUUGACAGCGAAGAAAGAUCCACCAAAGUCACCAAAAUGACAACUCUGUAGUGGUAUUUGUAUGUGCUUGAUGUGCUUUGGCUAACUGAAAAUGAUAUUUAUUCUUGUGUGUAUGAUUUUUGUUUUUUGUUAUGCAGUACACAUUGUGCAAGUAAUUAUAGUUUUGCAUAUUACAAAGCAGGAUUCUAUGUAAUAUUAAGCAUAUUUUUUACAGCAUCCAAGUCGUGUACGUGUAUCUACAUUGUAUAUACAUACAAUAUUUACAUAUUCAUAAUUUAUUUUUGCAUGGAAUUGCAGUCUCCAUGAUGAUUGUUUUUUUUAAAGAUUUAUGUACCAUGCAUAUAUGUCCUUUAGAGCACAUGUUAAUAUGGUAAAGACAGCAAAUGAUUUAAAUCUGUUUUAUUUUUUUACUUAAAGCUGAACACGAUUCGUAAAAGGAAUGUGUCCGCCAUUUUUGUUCCCGAUUCUCGCUACUCUGCAAACUUGUAUAUAUAUAUAGGGCAGAACUUGGUCACUGUUCAGUGUAAUCAGUCGACACAGCUGUGGACGGACGUAUGCUAUACAGGACUCGGUAGCGAGAAGAAUAACGUAAUACUUCGUCUAAUGCAGGAAAGUAAGAUACCAAAUAAAUUUACAAUUAUAGUUUUACAGGUCAGUGCAGUAUACAAACAACACAGAUACAUAUAACUGCAAUAAAAUGUAAACAAAGGUAAUGCAAGAUAACCAGCACGAACACGGGUCGCCAUUCCAGGCCGAUACCCAUGACAAUAAAGCAGUCAGGUGUAACAAAUGUGACGAGUAUACCUAGUGUUCAUGUAUCGUAGAUAAUGAUAUCGAAAAUGGCGUAUGCCUAUUUACGAGUCGUGUUCAGCUUUAAAUAAUUAUUCAAUAGCACUGAACAAAAGUACAAUGUUUUGUACAUUGAUAAAUGCAAAAAACUAAGGUGCUAAAUGUUCUAAGGGUUUUGGAACUCCAAACCCAGACACUUGUUAAACUUUUACAAUGUUACUAAAUUCUUUCUUUUGUCUUUUUUUUUUAAAAUAAGACUCUUAUAGUUAAUUUUGAAAAAAAGUCAAUUUUGAUGAAAAAAUCAGAAUGUAGAAUUUUUUGUUUAUUGUGUACAUCAUUUACAUACAAUGUAUGUUAUAUCAUUAUUCAUGGCACAUUACAAUUUUGACAGAGCGUUUAUAGUAGAAUUUUUAUUACUGUAGAUCACUUAAUUUUCACGAUACCUUAUUUUUGCGAGAUAGUCAUUGACUCUUUAUUAGCGAGACAAAAUUUUCACGAAUUGUCGUCAUUGCUCUAUAUAACCUUAAAGAAUUCUAUUAUACUCGAGAAUGAAAUUUUCACGAGCAUAUCAUCUCGCGUAAUUACGCGAAAAUAAAGUUCUCGCGAAUAAAAAAGUGAUUUACAGUACUUGCAUUUGUAGGUAAAAAUAGCAACCAUCUGUAUAUAAUAUUAUAGUAAAAUAAAUGUAUAUCCAAAUAAUAAAUUUUCCUAAAUCCAUGCUUGUAAAAAAUUUAGGUUAGUGUAGGUUCUACCUGAUGAAAAAUAUAACAAUUUAUUAUUUAAUUAUUAUUUUUCAAAAUAGUUUUUCAAUAUAAGUCCCAAGUUGCUGAAGUUGUCUCCAUUAAAUGGAUAGGUGUGUUGUUUGAUGGAUUUUGAUGGUAAUCAAAUUAUGGUAAAACAAGACAUGCAGGGUUGUGUUUUCUGAUAUAUUUAAUCAGGGUUUAUUUUAAGAAAAUGAUGCAAAAUAUAUGUGAUAUACUAGCAAUCUUUUUUUCUGACUUUUAAAACCUGCGCAAAUAAAUUUGUUAACCUCAAUGGAUAUAAUUGUCUCAUGUAUGUAGUGUAUGCAGCAAAGACAUAUAUUAUACAUGUAUAUUUUUCUUGAUAUAUACAUAUGAAGUUACAUGUAAAGACCUUUUUCUAAGGUUUCCAAACUACGCAGAGCUUUACUUAUAUUAUGAUAUUUUUUCGUUGUAUAAACUAACUGUUUUUGCCCUGUACAUACAAGCUGAUAUCAUGGUAAUUUCAAUUAAUGCAAAAUUUCAAAUAACAAUGUUUUGUAUUGUUGUACAAGCAAUGUUAUUGCAAAAUUCCAUUCUCCUGCUCAUAGAGUUAAUAAGUAUAUUUGGUUGAGAAGAUAAUAUCUUUUGCAUGUAAAUUAUAGACAAAGAUGACUCUAUUCUCCUUGUUCAAUAAUCUCAAGAAUUUUUUUUAUCUCAUUUUGAGGUUCUUCUUUACUUUUUAUGGUUGUCUUUGAAGACUAAAAGAAGCCACUUUUUUUUUGAAUAUUUUUCUUUAAAAAGUUAUGAUAAAUGUUGUGUAUAUUUGAGUUGAUUGAAAUCAGUAAGCUGUAUUUUUAUACUACAGAAAGUUUUCUCAAUGAAAAAAAAAACUCUAACCAGAUGUAAUGCUUUUUUGAACAUUCCAUUUGGAUUUAAUCUUUUGUUUCUUUAUAUUUCAUUACAUACAUGCAAAU